AUGUGAUUUGAUAUGUCCAUGAUCUGUUCCGUAGAUCCAUGUAGGAUUAUAGCCAUUAUAGCAGAUUGCGUUUAUGUUUUCAUAACAGAUUGGAAAUACUUAUUAUUUAUUUUGUUAAUUGAUGCAUUUUGAGUCACAUACACAUUAAUGUGUAAUCUAUCCAAUUCUUAGGAAGUACUGAAUCAUGGAAGAUGUUUUAGAUGAAAUUGUUUCUUCAGAAGAUUUAAAGAAAUUUGAACGAACUUAUCAUGAACAACUGCGUUCGUCUAAUGUAUCACAAAAGGUACAAUUUGAAUAUGCAUGGUGUCUAGUGAGGAGCAAAUAUCCAGCAGAUAUUAGAAAGGGAAUAAUUUUACUGGAAGAUCUGUUUAAUCAGCCCGAAGAAGAUACAGGAAAGCGAGAUUGUCUUUACUAUCUAGCCAUAGGAAAUGCAAGAAUCAAGGAAUAUACAAAAGCUUUGUCUUAUGUUAGAGCAUUUCUGCAAAUAGAGCCUGGAAAUCAGCAAGUGCAACACUUAGAAACUCUUAUAAAGAAGAAAAUGGACAAAGAAGGACUAGUCGGAAUGGCAGUUGCAGGUGGUGUUAUUAUCGGCGUAGCUAGUAUUCUUGGACUCGGUAUAGCAAUGGCAAAAAAAGGAUAGUGUAUCAUAUAAAAAAUAUAGCUAAAAGUACGUUGUCCUGAGUUUGAAGAAAAUUUUUACCCUCCGCCGUCCUUGUGGGCCAUACAUGAUCCAGGCGACUUUUCGAGGUCGAAUUGUAUGGGAACGAAAGAAAUAUUUCAAACAGGAAAAUUUUUUUUGAAUAUUUAAAAAAAUUGACGGCGGAGGUAGUAAAAAUAACAAGGGCGGUGGAGGGUUAAAAUUAUUAUAGGUAGUGUGCAUUUAUUACCUACUUUUUUCUAUACCAAUGUUUCUACCAUUGUUAAAGUUGUACGUACACGGACCUUAGAAUAAGCCCUAACUAAAUUGGGGGUGGGGCUAUCUAAAAUUUCAAAAAUUCAAAUAAUAAAAUAUUAUGUUUUCUACAUUGUAUCUUCUACGAGUUAAACAAUAUAUACAUACUUUUGUAUAGAGCAAACUGAGGUAUAUCCUAGUCUCCGAGUGAAGUAACCUUUUCGUAAAUAAAUCGAUGCGAUUACGUAUUUUUAUUUAAGUGAAUGUGAAUUUAUACUGAAGGUCGUAAUUUCAGAAUUAAUAUAGAGCUUGACUUACCCUGACUGAGUUAGGCAUAUAGAGUU